UAUAGUUACUCUAUAAUUGUCAAAUUUCAUACUUUCAUCUAAAUGGCCACCAUAACAAAUCAAUCUGUAAUAAAAAAUAAUAUUGAAGAAAAGAAAACAGAUAUUGGAUUGUUGGAAGAAGAUGAUGAGUUUGAAGAAUUUCCAGCCGAAUGGACGGAAAAUGAGGAAAAUAAUGAAGAAUCAAAUGUAUGGGAAGAUAAUUGGGAUGACGAUAAUGUAGAAGAUGAUUUUAGUAAACAAUUAAGGGCAGAAUUGGAGAGACAAUCUAUUGGAAAUAAUGAAAUUAAAAAAUAAAUCUUCAUAUUCUUGUGAUAUAUUUUUAUUAAUAAAUUUUUAGUCUAUCUAUAAA